UCUCUUCCCUUCCAAGAAAUCGAAAUCCCCAAAUCAGUUCGUUGAAUUAAAUCUCCCCUUUUUUAAUUUUUUAAUUUUUAAUUUUGCAUGCCGAGAGGGGAUCAACUCAAACUCGGCUUAAAGAUUGAUUUUUUAUUUCUUGCAGAUAGGGUUUUCCUUUUGUUCCCCCCUCCUUUUUAGUUUUCUUGAUUCUGGGAGUUGUGGAUCGGGGUUGAGGGUUUCUGAGUUUAAAUGGAUAGUUUAUGCUGCUUCAGUGGAGUUAAUUCAGAGGGAGGAAAUUCGUCGUUGAGCUCGGGAAAGGGAAGCAGCAAAAAAGGGCAUGUUAAGUACGGAUUCAGUUUAGCAAAGGGUAAGGCGAAUCAUCCAAUGGAAGAUUACCACGUGGCGAAAUUCGUGCAGUUUCAAGGCCACGAGCUCGGUCUAUUCGCCAUUUACGACGGGCACAUGGGCGACAACGUGCCCACUUACUUACAAAAGAAUCUUUUCUCGAAUAUCUUGAAGGAGGAGGGGUUUUUGAAGGACCCGAAUACGUGUAUUGCUAAAGCUUACGAGAGAACCGACGAAGCUAUUUUGUCGCAUAGUACCGAAUUGGGGGAAGGUGGGUCGACCGCCGUAAAUGCGAUUCUUAUAAACGGUCGAUUCUUGUGGGUGGCUAAUGUGGGAGAUUCGAGGGGGGUGCUUUCUAGAAGGGGUGAGGCUGUACAGAUGAGCAUUGAUCACGAGCCUAAUUUGGAGAGGGGUAGUAUCGAAAAUAGAGGUGGAUUCGUUUCGAACUUGCCAGGAGACGUUGCGAGAGUGAACGGGCAAUUGGCAGUUUCUCGUGCUUUUGGAGACAAAAACUUGAAGGAUCACUUAAGAUCCGAUCCCGAUAUAGCAAAUGCCGAGAUAGAUUCCGAGACCGAAUUCCUUAUUCUUGCUAGUGAUGGUUAUGUCGAAUCAAGAGGCUGUAGAUAUUGUGAAGAACACGCGGGACCCACACAAGGCAGCAAAGCAACUAGUGAUCGAAGCGUUGCACAGAGAUAGUAAGGACGACAUUUCCUGCAUUGUCGUCCGAUUUUAGCUGUAGAGAAGAAAAUGCGAAAUUUUCGCCUUUUCCGUAUUUAAGUUCUUUUUAUAUUGUUUAUUAUUGGUUGAUUUUUUUAAUUUUUUAUUUUUUGUGUAGAUUUUUUUUUAUUUUUAUUAUUUUUCAUGAAGACAUGUAAAAUGGGUUGUUUUCUGCAGUACUUAUAGGGACAUAGAGUAAUGUUUUUUUAAUCUUUUAUUUUAUUUUAUUUGUGAACUAGUGUUAAUAUAUCUGUGUUAUGUAAAUCAAAUGCCAUAGAAUAUAUUACAUUAUUUAUUUUUAUUGGGGAAA